AUGAAGUUAGGAAAACCUAAAGGGGGUAUUUCUAGGAGCUCAAGCCAAGGAAAGGCCUAUGAGAACCAGCGCAAAACAGCACGGCAGCGGCAGAAAUGGGGAAUGGCUGCUCGAUUUGACUCAAGCUUGAGUAGGCUGAGAAGAAGCUUAGAUGAGAAACCCUAUAAAUGUAUUGAAUGUGAAAAGAGUUUUAGUCAGAGUUCAACUCUUUUUCAACAUCAGAAAAUCCAUACUGGAAAGAAAUCCCAUAAAUGUGCUGAUUGUGGGAAAAGUUUUUUUCAGAGUUCUAAUCUCAUUCAACACCGGCGGAUCCAUACAGGGGAAAAGCCCUAUAAAUGUGAUGAGUGUGGAGAAAGGUUUAAACAGAGCUCAAAUCUCAUUCAGCACCAGAGAAUUCAUACUGGAGAAAAACCCUAUCAGUGUGAUGAGUGUGGCCGAUGUUUUAGCCAAAGUUCCCACCUUAUUCAACAUCAGAGAACCCACACAGGGGAGAAACCCUACCAGUGCAGUGAAUGUGGCAAAUGCUUCAGCCAGAGCUCUCAUCUCAGGCAGCACAUGAAAGUGCACAAAGAAGAGAAACCUCGUAAAACCCGGAGCAAAAAUAUCAGGGCGAAAACUCCCUUAGUAUCAUCUUGGAAAGCUAGUACUGGAAGGAAGACAGUGGCUCGUCUCCGCUAA